CGGAGCGCGAGCCCGCGAGGCCAGAGCCUGACCCGGGCGCCACCCGCAGUGCUCCUCGGCCAGGCCCGAGCGAGGAGCACCGGCUCCCGCACCAUGGGGCGGCUCGUGGGUCUGAGCUUGCUGGGGAUAGCGCUGGCGCUGCUGGGCGAGAGGUUCCUGGUGCUCAGGAAUCGAUUGAAAGCCUCCAGAGAAGUGGAAUCUGUAGACCUUCUAAACUGCCACCUGAUUAAAGGCAUCGAAGCUGGCUCUGAAGAUAUUGACAUACUUCCCAAUGGUCUGGCUUUCUUUAGUGUGGGUCUAAAAUAUCCAGGACUCCACAGUUUUGCACCGGAUAAUCCUGGCGGAAUACUAAUGAUGGAUCUAAAAGAUGAAAACCCGAGGGCAUUGGAAUUAAGAAUCAGCCGUGGGUUUAAUUUAGCUUCAUUUAAUCCACAUGGUAUCAGCACUUUCAUAGACAGCGAUGACACAGUUUAUCUCUUUGUUGUAAACCACCCAGAAUUCAAGAAUACAGUGGAAAUUUUUAAAUUCGAAGAAGAAGAAAAUUCUCUUUUGCAUCUAAAAACAAUCAAGCAUGAACUUCUUCCAAGUGCAAAUGAUAUAAUAGCUGUUGGACCUGCACAUUUCUAUGCCACCAAUGACCACUAUUUCUCUGAUCCUUUCUUGAAGUAUUUGGAAACAUACUUGAACUUACGCUGGACAAAUGUUGUUUACUACAGUCCAGAGGAAGUUAAAGUGGUAGCAGAAGGAUUUGAUACAGCAAAUGGAAUCAACAUUUCACCUGAUAAAAAGUACAUCUAUGUUGCUGAUAUAUUGGCUCAUGAAAUUCAUGUUUUGGAAAAGCAUCCUAAUAUGAAUUUAACUCAACUGAAGGUACUCAAAUUGGAUACACUGGUGGAUAAUUUAUCUAUCGAUCCUUCCUCGGGGGACAUCUUGGUAGGCUGUCAUCCUAAUGGCCAGAAGCUCUUCAUUUAUGACCCAAACAAUCCUCCUUCAUCAGAGGUUCUCCGCAUCCAGAAUAUUCUGUCAGAGAAGCCUACAGUGACUACAGUUUACGCCAACAACGGAUCUGUUCUCCAGGGAAGUUCUGUGGCCUCAGUAUAUGAUAGGAAACUGCUCAUAGGCACUUUGUACCAUAGAGCCCUGUAUUGUCAGUUCUAAAUUGUGCUUUUGGUAUGCAAGUGUGCUAACUUGUCUUAACAAUUGAUUUUCUAUGCAUCACUAAUUCUGAGGGAAUUUAACCAGCAAAGUUGACCCAGAAAUGUAUGAGACUCGUAUAGUUAAUUUUACUUCAGUAAGGAACAGUCCCAUUAGUUCUUACGGCACUUUUGACAUAAAAAGAAAAUGAACCAUUUUUUUAAAUGCCAAGUAAAGAAGAGAGAAGAAUACACUUUGCACAAAAUAAGCCUUACCUCUUUCUUCCAACUGCCAGAGUAUAAAUCCUACUGAAACAGGGUAGACCAUAUCUCCUUAAAAUAUGCUUGACCUCAGCUCCAACAGUGACCACUGUGACUACUCAGAACUACUGAUAGAUGACAUGUUUGGAUGUGUUUUACUUACAUCUUUGUUUACUAUUUAAAAAGUUGGAGUUAUAUUAAAGACUAA